GAUAAGUGGGGCUACUGCUACUGCUCAGUAGAAUUACCCUUUUAUUUAUUAAAUGUCAAAUAUUUAAAUCAGAUUCUUUGUUUACAAUUAAUAAAUUUUAAAUUAUGGAUACAGAAAGUGAAAAUUUAGUAACAGAUGCAAUACCGGAUCCACCAAGAGUUCGAAAAGUGACACCACAACAAAAUACGGAAACUCCAGAGGAAACAAAUAAUCAAGAUGAAGUGCCAAAGAAUAAUACAUAUGAAAAUAACAGUGAUCAAGAUACAAAGAAAAAAUCAAAAAAGCGAAAUACAAAAUCGAAAAGUGGCAUUACAGUAAACGGUAUCAGCAUUGCAAAUUCGAUAGGUGUAAGAAUUGGUAAUGAUAUUACCAAUAAUCAUUAUAUAAAUACAAAAAUACCAGGAGGCGCAUGCGUAAAUGAAACAUCACAAUCAUGGAAACCAAAACACCAGAAUGAUGACGUGGAAAUUGAUUUUAUAAAAGUAGCAAAACUCUUAACUAGUAAUGAAAAAUUAGAAACGAAACAUUUAGAUGUAAUAUCGGAUCAUGUUGGGGAGCUUUGGACAUUGUUAGGCAAAAAAUUAGGAUAUUCACAGGGUCAAUUACAACAAUUUAAGAUUAACCACGAUGAGUUUGAUAUAAAAGAGGUUAUUUAUCAAAUGCUUCUGAAUUGGACACAAAUGAAUCCAGAAAAGGCAACUGUGGCGAUUAUUAUUGAAAAAUUAUUGUCAUGUAAUUUAAAAGAAGUUGUAAAAAUUUUUUACGGAUAG